GCUCUCAAAUUAUCAGCUCGUAUACAUAUACAGCAACCAACCUCACCAAGAGCUUGAACUGGAUCCGACCCCUAGCUAGAUUGAUCGAGAGAUGGCGCGCUUCUCGUCCUCCGGCCUUUUGGCUCUGGCGGUGGCCGCGACGCUGUUCGCCGGCGUUUGGUGCGCCCCGAAGGUGACCUUCACGGUGGAGAAGGGCUCCGACCCCAAGAAGAUCGUCCUACAGGUGAAGUACGACAAGGAAGGUGACAGCAUGGCGGAGGUGGAGCUAAAGCAGAAGGGCUCCAACGAGUGGCUGGCCAUGUCCAAGUGCAAGGACACCGGCGCGUGGAAGUACGAGAGCCCCGAGCCGCUCAAGUGCCCCCUCAACAUCCGCUUCCAGUCCGAGAAGGGCAUGAGGAACGUCUUCGACGAUGUCAUCCCGGAGAACUACAAGAUCGGAUCCACCUACUCCCCACAGGAGUACUGAUCCAUGCACGCAUGCCUCCGUUUCUGGCCUUGUUCCAUCAAUUCGCCAAGUGCGGUUUCCCUCCAAUUUUUUUGGCUUGCAUUAUAUCAAGAAAUAUAUGAUGCAAGAUAAAUAAGUAAAUAGAAUGUACGUCGAGGCCCGUGAGGUGCGUAUACGGCAGGAAGUUAGACGAGGAAUUAAUGUAUUUGCUUUCCUAUGCACCCAUGUCGACCGGUAUUUUCGUCAACGAAUCUGUUCACUUUUGUAUUUGAAAUAUUCAAAUGGACGAUUCCUUUAUUUAUCUUUGCUA